AUGGUUCAUAGUGACGCCAAUGAACAAGAAUUGAUAUCUUCAACAAUCAGUGAAGAUAGCCAUACACCGCUAUCGGAAACGGUGACUACAUUGGCUAGUAAUGUUUACAAAGAACUAGAGCGUAUUAUAAAAAAUUUUGGUGAAAAUAGCGUCAAAGAUCUGAUGCCUGUGAUGAUUUCAACGUUGGAAUCACUGGAUAAUGCACUGCAUGAACGUGAAGUUAGUAAACUCGAAAUGGAAUCAUUGAAAGAGCAAAAUGAACAAUUAUUUCAACAAUAUGAACGAGAGAAAGGUUUCCACAAAGAAUAUCAGCAACGUUACCUACAAAUUGAAGAUCAUCUGGAAGAGAUCAAACGAGAGAAUGAAGAGAAAUUACAAAGUCUUGAAUCGAUCGUGAAAAUCUUCGAAAUCAAAGCACGAAAUACAUCCGAUCACGUCGGUAGAUUGGAAGAAAAAGAAUCCGAUAUGAAACAAGAAUACAAGCGUUUACAUGAUCGAUAUUGUGAAUUAUUCAAAGCACAUUGUGACUACAUGGAACGAACGAAAAUUUUGUAUGGGACAGAUCGACUGGAUCAAUUAUCAAUUCAUUCGCCAUCUCGGGGAAAUCUUCAACUACCUCGUUCAUCGGAUGAAAAACGAUCACCUACACUUGAACCAUCAACAGAUGAGUUACCAUCAGGAAUACAAGAACCUAUUCAUGCUGUUACGGAUUUCCAUUCCAAAAGCGAAAUUGCUGAUGGUACACAUACACAAACCGAAUCAAUGGCAAGUAAUGAUGUCGCUGUCAAUACAGCUAAAUUAGCAAAGAUGUCCAUGAUUGACGAGAUAUCUUUCAAAGAAUUUGCAUCAGAGAUCUUCUCCAAAUUGCGAAGACUCAAUCUUCUACCGAAACCAUUCGAUGAACAGCAAUUCUGUGAUAUUGAAGAUGAAUUUGAACAUACAAAUAAUACGACAGGUGAUGAUCCGGCGAUUAGUGAUGAUGAUGACGAUAUAUCCAUUGAUGAUCCAAAGAACUUGGAAGCAUUCGACAAGGAAACUCGUAAUGAUAAUAUUGAUAUAUCAGAUGUCGAUGCUUCAGCUGAUCUAUUCGGUAUGACAAAGGAAGUAUCGAAUCUAAUUAAAGAAAAUAACGAACUUUUGGAAACAAAAAAUGCAUUGAAUGUCUUGAAAGAUGAUUUACUUGUUAAAAUUGAAGAACUGGCCAGUGAACAAGAGAUUCUUCGCGAAGAAGUGGAAUCGUUACAUACGGUCAAAAGUCGUUUACAAUCCAGAAACGUCGAAGUCGAAGAAGAACUUCGAAAACUACGUGAAGAACUCGAAAAGAAAAAGGAAGAAGAGGAGAAUGUACCGACGGCAGAUAGAAAGCGUUUCACUCGAAUGGAAAUGCAACGUGUGCUUCUCGAACGUAAUCAAUACAAACAACGCUUAUUUGAACUGGAAGAAGCUAUUCAUCGACAAGAUGCAUUGCGCGCAUCCAAACUUGAACAGAUGCAUUCUUCAACAAUCCAAACAUCGACCAAUGUUUCGCAAACUAAACCUUUGACGAUAAGCAAAGGGACACAAACGAGUACGCAUCAUCAUCAAACGACACAAGAUAUUUCUUCGUCUACGAACAAAGUAGUUCCGAGUGAAACUACAACUGCGUCAUCGACAUCGAAGUCCUUGUGGCGUAUGUUCAGUGAAGACUGGCUACCCACAACAAUGGUGCCUACGAAUAUUUUGGGCGUACCUGUUGCUGACAUACAGAGCGAUUUGAGAGAGGGUACAACGCAAAUAUCUGAGUUUUUUUCGGGUUUAUUCGGUACGAAUGCCAAAGAGUCGCCGAUGAAACGUUCGAAUCCCUCAACAUCUAUACAACGCAGUUUGACACAUGACCAGAUUGCACCGGUAUCAUUAACAAACGAAAACUAUUUGUCAGAGCAAUCAGUGGAUGAAAGUUCAUCAACUGCGAAACCAUCCCCAAUGAAACGUUCUGAUACCGAUGAAAACAAUCGCUUCGAAGCAUAUGGCUGGAGUAUUUCAUCAAAAAAUCAAGUUCAUUCGUCUGAUCAUGAUGGUAAACUUCAAGUUAAUGUGCCGAUGCCUAUCUAUUGCCGACCGAUAUUUAAUAUAAACGAUUCCACACAGAUUUGGUGUGCUGUUGGCAUUGAUAUGAGUGGAUUAACGUUAGACAGUGAAGCAACGUCCGUGGAUUCUGUAAACAAACAAUUGAUUGAGUCGUAUCAUCAAAUGGUAGACGAACAGUGUUUGAAAUUAUCGUCACUUGUAUGGAUAGCUGCGAAAGCAAAUGAUACAGCCAUGAUUACAAUCAUCGAUUCGAAUAAACCAGAGAAAAUUCUCGAUACAUUUACAUUAGGAAAUGCUAUUAUAUAUGCAAUGGGUAGUAUUCCAGGUUCAUCAACUUCAGAUUAUCUAUCAUUUGAUGAGUCAAAACUAAAUGAGAUAACAUCAAUAAGUGAUGUGAAGAUAACUUCGUGUACGACAGCAUCACUCGCUACGGGUGGAAAUCGUUCGAAUACUAUCGACAUAUCAGAAUCAGCUGUGGCUGAUACAUCUCAACAAAAUGUCGAUAUAGAUAAGACAAAGUACCCAACGGUCUGGCUAGGCUCAAGCGACGGAUGGCUUUACAUUCAUUCAAGUACUAGUGAGCAUCGAACUACGCUUGCAAAACUCUGGCUUCGACAUGCUAUUUACAGUAUUAUUCAUAUUCGUGGUCGUGUUUUUGUUACGCUAGCAAAUGAAAAAGUUGUUGUAUUUCAUCGUAAUACAGAUGGUACAUGGAAUUUGAAUAAUUUCCAUCUGAUCGUAACUGGUAAAAGCCGAGAGUCAGUACGAUGUGCUAUCAAUGUUGGAGAUUCCAUCUGGUGUGGUGUUGGAAAUCGUGUCUAUGUGAUCAAUGUUCAAACAUUAGAAAUUCAAAAACAAUUUGAAGUGCAUUCUCGUUCAGAACAUUCGGUUCAACACAUGACUUGGUCUGGUGAUGGCGUUUGGUUAUCCGUUCGUUUAUCUAGUACUUUGCAGUUGUAUCACGCACGUACAUACCAACAUUUACAAGAUGUUGACAUACAACCCUAUGUGGAAAAAAUGAUUGUUACGGAAAAAACAGGCCCAUAUUUUGUUCAUAUAAGUGCCUUGAAUAUCGCCUGCCGUCGUUUAUGGAUUGGUACUGGUAAUGGUAUCGUUAUUUCAGUUCCUUUAACGGAUAGUAUUACUCGAUCUUCUCAAUCGGCAGCGGUAAAACCUGGUUCAGUUGUUCGUAUUACUGACCAAACACCAUCUUCAAAUUAUGUUCCAUAUUGCAGCAUGAAUAAUGCUCAAUUAUCAUUCCACGGAUAUCGAGAUGCAGUGAAGUUUUUCGUUGCCGUUCCCGGACAAUCACCUUCGAAAUCACUUGUUCAUAAUGAGACCACAUCAGAAUCUCUGGCAACUGUUUCUUCUACAUCACCAUUCGGUGAUAUUCUCGUCGUUAGUGGUGGUGACGGUUACCUCGAUUUUCGUCCAAGUAGCAAUACUAUGACAGAGAACACCAAUCGAAAUGUAUCUUAUCUCAUUGUAUGGCAUAUGGGUUCAGCUUAA